CAACCAGAAGCUAAGAAAUUUAAAUUAACUCAUUUAAUUAGUUACUUAAUUUGCUCUCAUCUCGAUUCAAUUGAUUAGUGGAAAUGUGAUAUCAUCAUCAUUUUGUUUCUUUAAAUCAUGUUGUCUCAUAUUUUUCAUGUUCCCACAGGAAAGAAAUGAAUGUUUCCUUUUUGUCUUCCAUCAAAUCCACAUAAACUUUCCCAUCUUUAGUUGGAUGUUGGUUUAGAUUAAUAUUCAUUUGGUUUUCCAAUUCCGAACUAAUUGUCUUUUCAUCUAAUUUAUCAUAAUUGUACAAUUUAGUGGAUUGAUUGCAUUUAAGGGUAACCGAUAUCUACAAUCAAUUGUUUUACAACCACUCACCUUAAUCUCAUCUCACAAUCAUCGUCGACAACAACCACCACCACCACAAAAACAAUUAAAUCCAAAAAUUCGACCUCACGGUUUAUGUUUUGUCAACAAGAGAGGUAACAGUAACUAAGAUGGAUAAGGAAAACUCAAAUGAUGAUCUCGGAUCAACUUCAUAUGUUUGUCCUCUUUGUGAAAAGAUCGCUGAGAAUCCAGUCCAGAACAAUUGUGGAUGCAUUUAUUGUUCUAAAUGCGCCGAGAAAUGUGUAACAGAAUCAAUUAAAUGCCCUAAAUGUGAUAAGCCAUUGUCCAUUGGAACAUUGAGCAAACUAAGCAUAGUGAAGAUGAGAGUCUUCAAAACAUCGACUAUGAAAAGAAAAUACUCUUGUCUGGGAAUCUCGGCGGGCGAAGAAACUGUAAUUCCAACUACGAGUGUUAGUGGGACCAUUGCGAGUUCUCUAAGCACCAUCACUCCACCAACUGCGACAAUAACUAAUUCUAUUGUUGCUUGUAUUGCCUCAAAUUCUGGUUCUGGUUCUGGAGUUGAAUCUCAUUCUGAAUUUUCUGAUAGAAAACGUGCGAGAAUUGAGGCAACCGGUAAUAGAGAAGAGGUUGUUAACUUGGAAAAUUUACUUUCGCUACCAUCAAUCAAGGAGAGAGAAGAUAAAAAAAUCAGUAAAGAAAUUCUCGAUUUACUCAGUAAACCAACUGCAAAAGAUAAAUUGGUUAUUGAGAAAUUCCAAUCAGUUGGAGGUGGUCAAGUUCAAGAGUUUUGUCCCCAUGGGACCAGAGAGGAUUGUAAAAGAGUGACUUCAUUACAAACUUGUGACAAACUUCAUUUCAAGAAAAUCAUCCAGAAGCACACUGAUGAAUCGUUAGGAGAUUGUUCAUUUCUCAAUACCUGUUUCCAUAUGGAUAGUUGUAAAUACGUUCACUAUGAAGUUGAUAUGGGAACAGUUAAAAGUAAAAAAGAUCGAAAAGAAGAACUUGUGCCUGAUCGAAGAUUCAACGAUACUUUGAGGAAUCCACAAUGGAUUCAAUGUGAUCUGAGGACAUUUGAUGUCUCAAUUUUGGGCAAAUUCGAUGUAAUCAUGGCUGAUCCUCCUUGGGAUAUUCAUAUGGAUCUUCCGUAUGGAACCAUGUCUGAUGAAGAGAUGAGACAACUCAAUAUUCCGUGUCUUCAAGACAAAGGAUUGUUGUUCCUUUGGGUCACUGGCCGUGCCAUGGAACUGGGUCGAGAAUGCCUUGAACUGUGGGGCUAUGAGAGAUGUGAUGAAAUAAUUUGGGUGAAAACAAAUCAGCUGCAAAGAAUCAUUCGAACGGGUAGAACUGGACAUUGGCUAAACCAUGGGAAAGAACAUUGUUUAGUUGGUAUAAAAGGUGAACCAGAAAAUCUGAAUCGUGGUUUGGAUUGUGAUGUUAUAGUGGCUGAAGUGCGAGCUACAAGCCACAAACCUGAUGAAAUUUACGGUAUUAUUGAACGAUUGUCUCCCGGGACCAAGAAGAUUGAACUUUUCGGCCGAACCCACAAUCUACAACCAAACUGGAUUACCCUUGGAAAUCAAUUGCCUGGGGUCUGUUUGCAUGAGGAACAAUUGUUAACCGCUUUCGCCGUUCGUUAUCCAAAUCGAGUGUCUGAGCUGAAAAAGUUAUCCUAAAGAUCAAAAAAUAAACAUAAGUGCUUACAGAAUAAGUUUGGUGCUCACCAGUGACAAAGAACGUUUUCCAAUUUACAUUUUAAUUUUCGAAUGAAAAAGUUUAAACGAGCGAUCACUCACUUAUUAGAGGAAACAUUUUGGCUCAAACAAACGCCUCUUUGGGUUAAUUUCUGAUCUCAACACGCAUUUUUGAUCUUUACUACCGUUUUUUAAUUGUCUCACCCGCUCUUAACUCUCCC